AAUGAGUGUGUGUGCCGACGGCCCCUCAUACCUGCGGCGGUGGCUGCUGACGGCUGUGUUUGUCUUGGCCUCUCUGCCACCAGGAACCAGCGGAUGCCCCAAAUCGUGCGCGUGCUAUGUUCCCACCGAAGUGCACUGUACCUUCAGAUACCUGACCGCAUUACCAGGCCAGAUCCAGACGGCUGUGGAAAGAAUUUUAACAGGGGAGAAAGGGAAAAAGGGGGAGAAGAGAAGAGAAGAAAAAAACAGCGAGGGAGGAGAGAGGAGAGGAGAGAGGAGAGAGAGAGAGAGGAGAGAGCGGAGGAGAGCGAGAAGCGAGAGAGAGGGGGAAGAGAGAGAAGAGGAAGAGAUGAGAGAGAGAGAAGAGAGAGAAGGGAAAAAAGGGAGGAGAGAGAGAAAAGAGGAGAGAGAGAGAGAGAGAGAAGAGAUAGCGAACAAAAAAUAGAGGAGAUAUUUAUACCUCUCUCUCUCUCUCCUUUCUCUUUCUCUUUCUCUAUCUCUCUCUUCUCUCCUCCCCUCUCUCUCAUCUCCUCUUCUCUCUCUCCCUCCCCCAUUCCUUCUUUUAUUCUCUCUCCCCCAUUCUUUUUUCCUAUCCAGAAGUUUUGCACAUACAGUAUAUUUUAGUUAUAUAUUAGACAGUUGAUGUAGCAUUUUUGAGCAAGAAUGCAUUAUUCACAGCCAGAUUGUUUCCCUACACUCUUCUCUGUAGGUACAACAGUAUAACUGCAUUGAGGGAGAAUGAUCUGUCUGGGCUGGAGCGCCUGGAGCUGUUGAUGCUUCACAGCAACACCAUCCACAGCAUCGCUGACGGGGCCUUUCAAGACCUCAAGUCCUUACAGGUAUACCUACAGCACUGUCAGAAAACACCUGUUGAUAUACAGGUAACUGCCAAAAAUAAUGGAAACACUUGAGUAAAUGAGGGAUACUAAGUAUAUUGAAAUCAUGUGCUUCCACACAGGUGUGGUUCCUGAGUUACAGUUUUUUUCCAACUGCUUACACACAAAAUCUUUUCGUGUCACACGAUUUUUGAAACCUCUCACUCAAAGUGCAAAACUACACACCAAAUCUCCAAAACCAUAAGCUAUUUCUCAGCCUUUGACUCAGUUGUCAAUUGCAAAACACUUUUUUCAAAACACUACACACAAUUCUCUACCUAAAACACAACAAUCUAACAGGAAGUGACUUGCUUUCCUUUUCCAAACACAACCAAUCAAAAUGCUACACUUAUUCACCAGGUCACACACACACUCCUCACAUGUGCAAACACUAAUUGCUUAACUGAUCACUAACCAAUCACUGCUUUACUGUAGUAUAGGCCUAUAAAUAGGUCAAAGGUCAGAUUACCUGUUUUGAACAAUGGAUGCCAACAAUGGACAGAGAGCAAGAGGAGUAGGAGGGAGAGGCAGGGGACAACAACGAGGACAAAUUCAAAGAUGAAUAGUUGGAAGAGGAAGAUGAAGAGGGCAAAGAAGAGAAGGAAGGAGAGCCAUCUCUGAUGAGAUUAGGGCAACACUUGUUGAUCAUGUGAUCAACCAUGGUUUGUCUAUGAGAGAGGCUGGACUGAGAGUCCAGCCCAACUUGAGUCGAUUUACAGUGGCGUCCAUAAUUCGAACCUUCAGAAAUGAGAUCAGGUAUGCAACUAUCUAAUUACUAUUUUAGCAUUACAGUAAUGUACUGUAAAAUACGUAUGACUGCAUAGUAUUGCAUAAACAUUUGUAACUCUAAGCCAUCCAUUUACUGCAUUGAAUGAAUGAGGUUGGUUAUCAUGAUGUACUACCUUUUUUUGUACAUUGUUUACAGUUCCUAUGCUGAACACAUACUGUGUUUGAAUUCUGUACAGAGUGGAAAGGCAAAUACAUCAUGGAGGACGAGGACGCUUGUUUACAGAUGUACAAGAGACUGCAAUUAUAAAUAUGGUUUUGGCCAACAAUGCAAUUACUGAUUUGAGAGAUAAGAGAGCAUAUCUUGAAUAAUGACACCAUAUUUAACAACAUCAAUUCUGUAAGCCUGUCGACCAUACAACGCAUCCUCCAACGGCACCAAGUGACGAUGAAACAACUUUACAAGGUGCUAUUUGAGAGAAACUCUGACAGAGUCAAGAAUCUGCAACAUGACUUUGUAGAGGUAUGUAUGCAACACUACUUCCAGUACUUCAGACAUACCAUAUUUACUCAUCUGUAUAUCCUUUUGUCUGUUACAGAGAGUAUUGGAGAUGGAUGCCCAUGUAAUUCGCCAUGAAUUUAUUUAUGUGGAUGAGGAUGGCUUCAACCUCACCAAAACCAGGCGCCGCAGAAGAAAUGUAAUAGGACAGAGGGCAAUUACCAAUGUCCCUGGACAGCGUAGGGGUAAUAUAACUGUGUGCUGCCAUCACUCAAAACGGGGUCCUCCAUCACAAUGCCACACUGGGUCCGUACAACACGGCCAUAUGCUCACUUUUCUGGAUGCAAUUUACACAAUUCUUGUCCCUGAUCCAGAUCAGGAGCCUGCUAGAUUUGUGGUUAUAUGGGACAAUGUUAGUUUUCACUGGGCUGUUCUGGUCCAAAACUGGUUUGCCACCCAUCCACAAUUUGUAGUUUUGUCCCACCCCCAUAUUCACCUUUUCUAAAUCCCAUAGAGGAAUUAUUCUCAGCCUGGCGCUGGAAAGUGUAUGAUCGCCAACCCUAUGCCCGCAUGCCGCUUCUCCAGGCAAUGGAGGACGCAUGUGGGGACAUGGAGGUUGCCUCUGUCCAAGGUUGGAUACGCCAUGCUAGGAGAUACUUCCCUCGAUGUUUGGUAAGAGAAAACGUAUCUUGUGAUGUGGACGAAGAAUUGUGGCCAGACCCAGCCCGGAGAAGAGAUGAAGCGUAGCUUAGCACUGGUGACUGCCCCCCCCCCCCCCCCCCCCCCCACCACCAAUUCCUGGACUGCCCCCCGGGACCCCACACACACAAUUGUGUUCUUUACUGUAUUCUAAAGAAUAUACUUUUGGUUUACAUAUGUUUAUGGUUUUGUUUUAUGCUACUGUAUACAACAGUAAUGUUUGGCCUAAUAAAUAUUUUCUGUUUCUACAUUGCAUUGGUGUUUACAGUGUACUUGUUACCCCUCUCAGCAGAUUACUAUGUUUUUUAGAACAUUGUAUUGAAAUGUAGAUAUAAGCCUAUGAAAGACCAAAGAGCUUUAGAUUUAGAACAACAGUGUUUACAUGGUAUAUGCAAAAUGUACUAUUAUGAAAAGUGUUUGCCAUUUGAUGCAAAUGCUUCAUUCUGACAUGUGUUUAUGGCAUUUUGAAUGCAGUGUUACAUUUUGAAGGAGAUGUGAGGCAUUUUGCAUUUUGUGUGUGCAGUUUUGGCAAUUGUGUGUAGAGUUUUGAAAAAAGGAGACAUAGUUUUGAAAACGUGUGUAAGCAGUUGGAAAAAACUGUAAGCAAUUAACGUCCCAUCAUGCUUAGGGUCACGUAUGAAACGGCUGGGCACACCAUUAUUUUGGCCAUUAUUUUGGCUACCAUGGCUGUGCCCCCAUAGGAUGACAAUGCCCCCAUCCAGAGGGCACGAGUGGUCACUGAAUGGUUUGAUGAGCGUGAAAUCGAUGUGAACCAUAUUACAUGGCCGUCUCAAUCACCAGAGAUUCUGGAGCAGUGCCUGAGACAGCGUUUUCCACCACCAUCAACAAAACACCAAAUUAUGGAAUUUCUCUUCGAAUAAUGGUGUUGCAUCCCUCCAAUAGAGUUCCAGAAACUUGUAGAAUCUAUACCAAGAGAGAUUCUUCUGAGCAGGCUUUUUCCCAAUCUAGUGGAGCCACAGAACCAAGUAUGCUAAGACAUUAAUAAAUACAAGUUCUUCCUUACAGUAACAUCUUUCAAACAGCAACGCAAAGUGUAAUUGAUCUUGGAAAAUAUAUCAGUAAAUACACAGACUUUGUCCGUGGUGUUAAUAUUAUUAUUUUAUUGUAGGCCCUGAGGGUUAGGGGGGAUAUAUAAAAGGCCUUGGACUGCAUCCCUUAAUAACUGCUUUGAUGUACUCUUAUUUAAAGCCUUUCACCACAGCUGACUUCUGGAAGCCCUCCCAGACAGAAUAACCUCACAUCACCUCUGGCCCAGCUUCUUUUAUAACACAGUGUCUCUAUUGAAGUGCUUCAAACAAGUUAGCCGUGGCACACUCGUGCUCCGGGGGGCCUCUAUGCGACUAUAACUUGUGUUUUUUAAUGACGUGCCUUCAGGUCCUGAAGAUGAGCUACAACAGAGUGAAGGAGAUCAACAGGGACACCUUCCAAGGCCUGGAGGGCCUGGUGCGACUCCACGUUGACCACAACCGCAUCGAGUUCAUCAACCCGGAGGCCUUCUACGGUCUGACCGCGUUACAGCUGGUCCACCUGGAGGGCAACCUGCUCCAGCAGCUCCACCCAGACACCUUCAUCACGCUGAGGCACAGCCAGGUGUUCAAGGUGUCCUCCGUCAGGAACAUCCAUCUGUCUGACAACCUCCUCACCAGCCUCCCCAAAGACGUCUUCACUGGAUGCUCUCAGCUGGAGAACGUCUACCUCCAUGGCAACCCCUGGUCUUGCGACUGUCGCAUGGAUUGGUUCCCAGAGUGGGCGGAGAGAAAUUCAGGUAAAGAUACAUUACAUUUCUGACUGCAACAUUCUGAAUGUUUCACUAAACUGAGUAGGCCCCAGAUCUGUUGCACUGUAAAACCGAAUAAGUUAGCAGAACUCAAUACAUUUGUGGCAACUGAUUGCUUCAGUUUUUUUUUGUUAUGACACGUAAAAGUAUUGAUUGAUACAGUACUUAAUAAUUUUUGUUAACCUCUACAGGAUUGGUGUCCCGUAUACGGGACGGUUGAGCUAACGUGCCCUGAUGUGAUUAGCAUGACUAAUGUAAAGUAACAGCAAACUUUCCAGGACAUAGACAUGUCUUAUAUGGGCAGAAAGCUUACAUUCUUGUUAAUCUAACUGCACUGUCCAAUUUACAGUAGCGUUUACAGUGAACAAAUACCAUGCUAUUGUUUGAGGAGAGAGCACAACAACAAAUCACUCAUCACGUUAACUGGUUUGAUAUAUUCACCUCUGAAGGUAAAUAAUGUACUUUUUUAUUUAUUUUUUAUUUCACCUUUAUUUAACCAGGUAAGCCAGUUGAGAACAAGUUCUCAUUUACAACUGCGACCUGGCCAAGAUAAAGCAAAGCAGUGCGAUAAAAACAACACAGAGUUACAUAUGAGGUAAAAAAAACAUAAAGUCAAAAAAUACAACAGAAAAUAUAUAUACAGUGUGUGUAUAUGUAGCAAGUUAUGGAGCUAAGGCAAUAAAUAGGCUAUAGUGCAAAAUAAUAACAAUUAGUAUUAACACUGGAAUGCUAGAUGUGCAAGAGAUUAUGUGCAAAUAGAGAUGCUGGGGUGCAAAAGAGCAAAAUAAAUAACAAUAUAGGGAUGAGGUAGUUGGGUGGGCUAAUUUCAGAUGGGCUGUGUACAGGUGCAGUGAUCGGUAAGGUGCUCUGACAACUGAUGCUUGAAGUUAGUGAGGGAGAUAAGUGUCUCCAGCUUCAGAGAUUUUUGCAAUUCGUUCCAGUCAUUGGCAGCAGACAACUGGAAGGAAUGGCGGCCAAAGGAGGUGUUGGCUUUGGGGAUGACCAGUGAGAUAUACCUGCUGGAGCGCAGACUACGGGUGGGUGCUGCUAUGGUGACCAAUGAGCUAAGAUAAGGCGGGGAUUUGCCUAGCAGUGAUUUAUAGAUGACCUGGAGCCAGUGGGUUUGACGACGAACAUGUAGUGAGGACCAGCCAACAAGAGCGUACAGGUCACAGUGGUGGGUAGUGUAUGGGGCUUUGGAGACAAAACGGAUGGCACUGUGAUAGACUACAUCCAAUUUGCUGAGUAGAGUGUUGGAGGCUAUUUUGUAAAUGACAUCGCCGAAGUCAAAGAUCGGUAGGAUAGUCCGUUUUACGAGGGCAUGUUUGGCAGCAUAAGUGAAGGAGGCUUUGUUGCGAAAUAGGAAGCCGAUUCUAGAUUUAACUUUGGAUUGGAGAUUCUUAAUGUGAGUCUGGAAGGAGAGUUUACAGUCUAACCAGACACCUAGGUAUUUGUAGUUGUCCACAUACUCUAGGUCAGACCCGUCGAGAGUAGUGAUUCUAGUCGGGUGGGCGGGUGCCAGCAGUGUUCGAUUGAAGAGCAUGCAUUUAGUUUUACUAGUGUUUAAGAGCAGUUGGAGGCUACUGAAGGAGUGUUGUAUGGCAUUGAAGCUCGUUUGGAGGUUUGUUAACACAGUGUCCAAUGAAGGGCCAGAUGUAUACAAAAUGGUGUCGUCUACGUAGAGGUGGAUCUGAGAGUCACCAGCAGCAAGAGCUACAUCAUUGAUAUACACGGAGAAAAGAGUCGGCCCAAGAAUUGAACCCUGUGGCACCCCCAUAGAGACUUAGAUUACUUACAUUCAGUAAUCUUGCUCUGAUUUGUCAUCCUAAUGGUCCCAGAGAUCAAAUGUAGCAUGGUUUUGUUUGAUGAAAUUCGAUUUUAUAUUCAAAUGUAGGAACUGGGUUCUACAGUUUGAAUCCCUGCUGUCUCUGGCUCCACACCCACCCCGCCCGGCCAUCUAGAUAUGUGAAAGUUAGUGUAUGUCUGCUAAAUGACUAAAAUGUCAAAUGUAAAUAAGCUAAUGAUCCAUCAUGUAUGACAUUCCUGGGAGUGUGUAAACUUACAUUUUGUAUUACCAUAUCAUUUUUUAAUGUUCUCUAUAGUUAUGUACUUGAAAAUGUAUCAAUUGACCAAUUAAAGACAUUUGGGCAGACUUGAUACAAAAUAGUCCAGUAUUGCAAUGCUUCACUGGAUCAAUCUGAAACUUUGCACACACACACAUCUAGUGGCCAAAAUCUAAAUUGCGCCUAAACUGGAAUAUUAUAUUGUGGCCUUUCUCUUGCAUUUCAAAGAAUAAAAAUAAAUAAAUAGAAAAUUCAUGUUUUUUUGUUUGUAUUAUCUUUUACCAGAUCUAAUGUGUUAUAUUCUCCUACAUUAAAUUCACAUUUCCACAAACUUCAAAGUGUUUCCUUUCAAAUGGUAUCAAGAAUAUGCAUAUCCUUGCUUCAGGUACUGAGCUACAGGCAGUUAGAUUUAGGUAUGUCAUUUUAGGCAAAAAUGGGAAAAAAGGGUCCGAUCCAAUUUUGGUUACAGGUAACUUAAAGUAAUUAGAAUUAUUAACUUUAUUACUAUGAUCUACAGUAACUUAAAUAUAUAUACAGUAUAUAUUGAUUUAACUCAUAAUGUUUAAGUAAGCAUAACACACCCCUUUCAAGUUGUUUUACUACAAACUUCAUGUUACAUGAACUUAAUAUUUUUGUGUUAUGCUUACUUCCUAGCUAUUAACCUGUAAUCAAUUAUUUUAAGUUGCGACAACUAAUACGCAAAUUAAAAACUAUAACUUACUUAAAUCAAAAGGUAGUUGUACAUCUAAUCAAAAACUUUGUGGCAACUGAUUACAUAGGUUUCAUUUUUUUGCACCAACUCAAACAAAUUAAUUGUAAUGUUAAUAGAACUAAAACUAAAAAACAUUUACAAAUGAAUGCUUUUAAAGUGAAAUGAAUGCUUUCCUGAAGAAAAUACAUUUAAAGUCAGAGUAGAUUUAAAGAGAAUACAGUAAAAGGUGUUAGAGAACAUAGUGCAAGGUUCCACAAUUAAAAAGCACAGAUUGGGGUCAAUGUCUCAGUGGAGGUCAGGUUUGGGUCAGUUAUUUUAAUCCAGUCGAUUUGGUAAGUAAACUGAAAUUCUAAUAUUUUCCUCAUUGCCUCCUUUGAGGAAGGGCUACCAGUGAGUCACCAAGCUCUGGCAUGUCUGAAUCCUCCACCUGAACUACACAAUGCACUUCAGAUGAGAAUACUAGACAGACAUGUUAUAUAGCAAUAUAUCUACGCUGACCUAUGGUUGGCCAGAUAGACCAUAUUCACCCAUCUAAUCCUCUCAGAUCACCUCAGGGUGGGUUGAUUGGGAAUGGGCACUACCUUGCAUGUUUUGAAAAAUCCGGAAACUUCCUCACGCAGCAACACAGGAAGAGCAUGGAGAACAGUUGUACGCCUUGUGUGGGCAUCAUGUAGUCCCUAAAGGGAUACAUGAAUGUCAAUUUUAUGACAUAGGCUUAAUAAUCUAACCUGGUACCAGAGAAAGAUUAGAAUAUUUAGCCUUGAAUCACUUGUGACGUGCUCAGCUUGGUUUAAUUAGGAACCUGGUACAAUGGAACCAAUGGAAUAGUCCCAAAAGUGGAAAAUACUUAUUAAGCCUAGUCCUGGGACUAUAAAGCAAGCUCAAUAGAGAAUCUCCAUAGAACAUUAUUUUAGUCCAGGACCAGGCUUAAUCUGUGUCUGGGAAAUCUCCCCUCAAGGUUUAAUAAGUAGUUGAUAUUUGCAUUGGACAAAGAUCUGAUUCCAGUGCAAUGUGUAGUCCUCUGUCUUACCUGUAGAUCAUGAUACCUCAGAUUGUCAACCAAAGCAUCAGCAGUCCUUCCAGUCUUCGAUGCCCUCUCUGACGGUCAAUCUCAGCAUAGAAGAUACAGGACUAAGAUUGAAUCGUACUACACCUGCUCUGACGCUCGUCGGAUGUGGCAGGGAUUGCAAACUAUUACGGACUACAAAGGGAAGCACAGCCGCAAGUUGCCCAGUGACACAAGCCUACCAGACGAGCAAAAUUACUCCUAUGCUCGCUUCGAGGAAAGCAACACUGAAGCAUGCAUGAGAGCAUCAGCUGUUCCAGACGACUGUAUGAUCACGCUCUCCAUAGCCAAUGUGAGUAAGACCUUUAAACAGGUCAACAUUCACGAGGUCGCAGGGCCAGACGGAUUACCAGGACGUGUACUCCGAGCAUGCACUGACCAACUGGCAAUUGCCUUCACUGACAUUUUCAACCUGUCCCUGACUGAGUCUGUAAUACCAACAUGUUUCAAGCAGACCACCAUAUUCCUUAUGCCCAAGAACACUAAGGUAACCUGCCUAAAUGACUACCGACAUGUAGCACUCACGUCUUUAGCCAUGAAGUGCUUUGAAAGGCUGGUCAUGGCUCACAUCAACACCAUUAUCACAGAAACCCUAGACCCACUCUAAUUUGCAUACUGCCCCAACAGAUCCACAGAUAAUGCAAUCUCUAUUGCACUCCACACUGCCCUUUCCCACCUGGACAAAAGGAAUACCUACGUGAGAAUGCUAUUAAUUGACUCAAGCUCAACGUUCAACACCAUAGUGCGCUCAAAGCUCAUCACUAAGCUAAGGACCCUGGGACUAAACACCUCCCUCUGACACUGGAUCCUGGACUUCCUGAUGGGCCACCCCCAGGUGGUAAGGGUAGGUAACAACACAUCUGCCACGCUGAUCCUCAACACGGGGGCCCCUCAGGGGUGCGUGCUCAGUCCACUCCUGUACUCCAUGUUCACCCAUGACUGCAUGGCCAAGCACGACUCCAACACCAUCAUUAAGUUUGCUGACAACACAACAGUGGUAGGCCUGAUCACCGAUGAUGAGACAGCCUAUAGGGAGGAGGUCAGAGACCUGGCCGUGUGGUGCCAGGAAAACAACCUCUCCCUCAACGUGACAAAGACAAAGGAGAUGAUUGUGGACUACAGGAAAAGGAGGACAGAGCAAGCCCCCAUUCUCAUCGACAGGGCUGUAGUGGAGCAGGUUGAGAGCUUCAAGUUCCUUGGUGUCCACAUCACCAACAAACUAUCAUGGUCCAAACACACCAAGACAGUCAUGAAGAGGGCACAACAAAGUAUAUUCCCCCUCAGGAGACUGAAAAGAUUUGGCAUGGGUCCUCAGAUCCUCAAAAAGUUCUACAGCUGCAACAUCGAAAGCAUCCUGACUGGUUGCAUCACCACCUGGUAUGGCAACUGCUUGGCCUCAGACCGCAAGGCACUACAGAGGGUAGUGUGUACGGCCCAGUACAUUACUGGAGCCAAGCUUCCUGCCAUCCAGGACAUCUUUACCAGGUGGUGUCAGAGGAUGGCCCUAAAAAUGUCCAAAGACUCCAGCCACCCUAGUCAUAGACUGUUCUCUCUGCUACCGCAUGGCAAGCGGUACCGGAGCACCAAGUCUAGGUCCAAAAGCCCCCCCCCCCCCCCCCUCUUUUACGCUGCUGCUACUCUCUGUUUAUUAUCUAAGCAUAGACACUUUACCUCUACCCACAUGUACAUAUUACCUCAAUUACCUCGACUAACCUGUGUCCCCGCACAUUGACUCGCUACUGUUAUUUUAUUUUACUGCUGCUCUUUAAUUAUUUUUAUUUAUAUAUUUUUUACUUAACACUUAUUUUUCUUAAAACUGCAUUGUUGGUUAAGGGCUUGUAAGUAAGAAUUUCAAAUGAUGUAGGCCUAGUACUGUUGAAUCAGAGAAUUACAGAAAAUGAUAUUCAUAACUUUAAAUUUAUGUUUCACACCCAAGCCAAAUAUCAACGUCAAAAAAUAGGCAUAUGUUAUUUGAAUAGUACAUAAAUAAUUCAGGAUUAGUUUUAACUUUCAGAAAUCUAAGUACUGCUUUUGAAUUAGGCAGCAUGCCAUUGAAUCAAGUUUAGGCUGCGCCAUUUUGUGCACCUGUCAUGUUGCACUCAGCAAUUGCAGACAGCUAGCAAGCUAGACAAGUAGCGUUGCUAGCAAGCCAACAUAGUUGCACAUAAACAGGAAUCAUGGCGUAGCUAAUAAGCACAUUUUACAUAAUAUGCUUCAGAAAAGAAUCAUCACAUAUGACACCAAAAUCCUUAUGUUUAAGCAAGUAGCUAGUUAACGUUAUCCAUCAACUCUUUUUUACAGCGCGUUGGUGAGUUAACUGGCUAGCUAACGUGUUUGGCGCAUUUCACAAUUCGGAUAGGGAUAGAGAUCUUGACAAUGGCUAUAUUCUCCAAUGAAACGCUACCACACAAAUACUGUUCAAACAUUAAAAUGUAUAGCUACCGUUACCUAUCGAAGCGAAGUAAUUAACUUACCGCGUGAUCCCUCAGGGGACAGUGCGCACUUGUAUUUGUUUGUAGCUCGUGUAUUCGUUUGUAGCUGGUGAAGUCCACUCCAGCAGAGACAAAUCUGACUCCAGUCACCUUUAUAUGUCACGCACGCUCCCGGUUCAUGGCUUACCUGCAUUUAAUUUCCAGCUUUCAUUAAUUUCUUUAAACUGAUUAUGUAUCAUCAACGCUACCUAACAUUACUUCCCCACCACCUUCAUUUUCAAAUCAUACUAUCUAACGUUAGCUAGCUAACGUUAGCUCUAGCCAGCUAACCUACCUGGUGCCUAGCUAACUAGCUAACGCUAGCCCUGACUGGCACUUUCCAGUUAACCAGAUUGCUAGCUUGACAGAUAUCCGUUCGAAAAAUCAUACACGCACAAUACAGUUUAUAAUCAUUAAUACAUUUUUACCAUUAAGAAAGUAUCCACUGUCGCGGGGACCGUCCACCAUUUUGGAAAGAUUUUGAAAUGCCACAUGCGUGCCUUUGAACGUUGACGUAUAUGACGUCAGAUGUAAUCAAGGUCAAACUUGAUAGAUAUGUGUGCCUGUCAAUCUAUAAUCAGAAGUCCUGUUUACAUAAACUCUUAGAUACAUUUCAUCUGAAUAAAAAAAAGUGAGGUGCAUGUUAAAACAGUUAUGUUAUUACAACGUUUUCACAUUUAUUAUGUUUACAGAACUUAAUCCAAUUAUUGAAUAGUACUGUUCGGGUUUACAGUGUGGCAGUUGCUGUACAUAAAAUGGACCAUAUGGGAAUGGUACCAGGGUACAGAGUGAAACAUUUAUUUAUUUAUUCAGUAAAGUGAUGUUGCGUGAGACAACCUCCAACAGGAAAACCAUGCUUGUCCAAAGAAGACAGAUUGUUGGAAAUACAGCUUUUUCACUUUUUCAAUCUCAGCAUGACAUGAUAUAUUUAAUAAUAAUAUUUAAUAUUUAAUUUAAUAUUCAUGAAGUGAUACUUAAAAAUACUAAAAGACAGGAACAAAGACUCCACUGUUUUAUCAAAUAAUGACAAAGCAAAUGUAAAUAGAUCUAAAUCCAGAUACUCAUUGAUUAUUUCUUAAAACCAACUUUGUGAUUUAGAGCAGUAUCAUAAACAACAUUUUGAAGGAGCGUAAAACAUGGAAAUUAGGGAACCAACCCCUAUUAAAUCAUGACAUAAAAAUUGAAAUAUAAAUUCAGUAAUGAACUUGUUUUUCAGCUGUGCUGAAAUGCAAGCGAGACAGGAAGUAUGCCAGAGGUCAGGCCUGCCCCAUCUGUGAAACCCCCGCUCCCUCUAGAGGCAGGAUCCUAACUCAGCUUCCGCAUGAUGCCUUCACCUGUACCAAGCCCUGGAUCCACCCCCAUCUGAAGCAGAGGAACAUCAGCCUGGACGAGGGGGAUUACACCCCCGUCUCCCCCCGAGACUUCAUCGCCCCCAUCGGAUCUUUGCAGAUGAACCUGACAGCUCAGUUCCACAAUGACGCUAGCCUUACCUGCAUGGUCCAGAGACCGUCAGCCAUGGAGAACAUGACUCUAACCCAGGUGGAGGAGGGGGAGAAUAACGUCACCAUGCUCUCCGUCACCGUCUCUACAUGGCUGGUCUGUAAUAUUGACUAUGAGCACAUCCAGCAGCUCUGGCGCAUCCUGGCUACGUACAGUGACGUGCCCAUGAGGCUGGAGAGAGGGCUGAUGCUCUCCAGGACCCCAGACAUGAUCUACAAGUACAGCCAGAUCAGACCAAAGGAGGGACAUGAUGAAAUCCACACAGACAUCGUGGCUGAGAUUAAGGCUUCACCCGCGUGGUUGAUGCAGGGAGAGGUCAACUUUCAGCUGGACCGCACCACGACCACAUUCUCCACCCUGCACAUUAAGUACAGGUCAGUGGUCAACCUGCGUGUUGAGAACAAGGUGUCGCAGAGGAGGGACCGUUACAGCUGGACCAUCAUCAAACGAGACAACCAGACCCAGACUGAGCACGCUGUCCUCAUAGGUGGGUCCUACAGUACACAAUGUGUAGUGGAUGGGCAGAAAUGUGUCCAUAUAAUGAAUGUAACAUACUUUCAGAGCUACAAUAUAGCAAUGUGCAUUAAAAAGCAAUUAUAUUGAUGUGAUUCUUGUUGUAAUUAAAGGUGGGGUAGUGGAACUCAACUGCCAGACCUUUGGGGUGCCAAAGCCCUCUGUAGAGUGGAUCUUAUCGGACGGCAGUAAGGUGCGGGCGCCCUACUCCAGCGAGGACCGCAGGAUAGUGAUCACAGCUGAUGGGAGGCUGACCCUGAGAGGAACAGACACUUCAGACACUGGGCUCUACCGCUGCAUCGCCACUAACUACCUGGACGCAGACGUGCUCAGCUUCCGGGUCACGGUGCUGUCUCCCGAUGUGGAGGAGGAGGAGGUCAACGGGGUCAAGCUCUCACGGCCUCUGGGCCAGAGUUUGGUUCUAGACUGUGGGUCUGCAGGCAACCCUGAGGCCUCGGUCCAGUGGAUUCUACCUGACCACACAGUUCUGGAUAAAUCCUAUGGGAACAGGAAGCUCUAUAGGAACGGGACUCUAGGAAUAAAAGAUCUGACCUCCAGAGACCGGGGAUUUUACAGGUGUCUCAAUGCUAACUACCUGGGGGUGGACCUGUUGACGUCCCAGGUGACUGUCACUGGGGAGGGGUCCAGGAAGGUGACGGUGGUGGAUAGAGAGGGGUCAGGGGCGGAGGUUGGGGUUGACGGGGACAUAGAGGAGGGGGAGGAUUCCCGCAGUAAGGUACCUUCCUCCAGAACCAUCCAGGAGUCCAGGACCCUCACGUCAGACAGGCCCUACCCCGGACUCAGGUCCUCCUCUCACGGCAGAGGAUCAGGGGGCUCUGGGGGGAGGAGGAGGAGUGGCCCAGCCAGCAGCAGACGUAUAUGGAGCAACAGGAGGGUCUUUGAUCAAGCCUCCAGGAAAGUAGACCCCCAGAGAUUUGCAGAGUUCAUGAAGAAGGCUCAAAGUGGUUCAACAACAAAGACGGAGAAAGAAAAAGGAGAUUCAGAGCCUGCAAUGUAUGGGGACGGGGAUGCUGCUUCUGGGGAGGGGCUGUUUCAUGAAGACCGACUCAUUGUUUUACCAAGCAGCGUCAUGCCAACCCCAGAUACUCCAGAUGAAAGUAAGAUGGGUGUAACUGCAAGCAUAGAGAAUUUAAACAAUCAGAAUAAUGUCAUGGCAACCACCGAGAACGGUGAAAUCAGUGUCAUGACAACCAUGGAGAUCCCAGAUGACAGUCAGACUAGUUUCACUGUAACAACUGAAAAUACUGACAAAGUGACGACAGUGACGACAGAGUCAUACACCCGGUCAGACGCCACACCCAUCGAGUCCACAUUCACCCACAGCAGCCACAGCACAGGGAGUAUCAGUGAAACUCAGGGUGAGGCCGUCUUUCAAUACAGCCCCAGGGUUAGUGGGUCUAGUGGGUCUAGUGGUGAGUCGUACUCUCUGGAGAGGAACACGACAGUACCUCUGAGUCAACCCGUCACGCUCCUCCUCACCGUGACCAACAUCACAGACGAGACCCAGAUCCUGUUCUCCAGAGAAGCACCUGCAGAACCAGAGACCUCCACCGGGGCGGCGCUAUCACUCCUCACCGACCCCAACGUCACCCCCAUGAUGGACAGUCCCAGAUCACCCCCGAGAGAGCCUGAGAUGCACACAGCCACUGACCCAGACAGCCAGACCACCUUCACUGCGGUCACCACCACCGAGAGAGAGCGUGAUGAGAUCACCUUCCACACCACCCAGAGGAUCAAGUCCCCCCAUCUGCCUGCAGGCUCCACAAUCAUCUCCCGCCAGCAGAUCCACAUCAUCCCCCCUAAGAAGGGCAGAGGAAGAGGAGGAGGAGGAGGGGGCCGGAGGAGGAACUUCCCUGGCAGGAGGAGGUUCAUCAAGCCCAACCGGAUCACAGACAUUCAGUCCAUCCUGAACAAACUCAAACAGCCCAACAUUGUGAAGACGGAAGGCAACAACACAGUACCCUACACUACGGAGCUGACCACAGGUACGUUAUGGCAUGUUGUUGAAAUAUGAUAUGAUAUGUAUUUUCUUGUCUUUGAUGUUGACAUUAUCUUUGUUGGUGAGAGCCUUGAGCCAUGAGGAAGAACCUAAAUAUGAUGAUGAUGAUGAAGAUGAUAGCCAUGAUGAUGGUGAUGAUGAUGAUAAUGGUGAUGAUGAUGAUGCUAGCCAUGAUGAUGAUGGUGAUGAUGAUGAUGAUAAUGGUGAUGAUGAUGCUAGCCAUGAUGAUGAUGAUGAUGAAGAUGCCAGCCAUGAUGAUGAUGAUGAUGAUGAUUGUUAUUGUUGUUGCUUUUUCAGACUGUGACUGUGAUGAGGACGAGAAGAAGACAGGUGGUCAGCGGGUCGUCGUACCAACAACAUUGACUAGAUCUCCCUACGUCCCUAGCUCCUCUCUAGGAAGAACAGAGAGACCCAUCUCUACAACAUUGGACACUCCCACCACCACAUACUCAACAGAGGCCCCCACCACCACCACCCAGCCCACCCUCACUCACUCUCAGUCCCCCACCACCACCCAGCCCACCUCCCCUCACUCUCAGUCCAGAGGUGAGGUAUCCAGCAGCUACAUGACCUCCACUAAAGCCCCAGACUCUGACCCAACACACGAUCCUAUGACGAGCACAACAGAUGAACCAACAACCUCCACCAUCACAACCACAACUGCUUCCAAGGUCGUCCAUGGUAAGAUCAACUGGGGCAGGCUGGUUGGGAACAGGGACAGGCAGAGGGAAAUAGUCAACAGACUACGUAAACCAGCCAGGACCUCAACCACCACAGAGGGCUCAACAACGGUCAAACCCACCACCACCACCACCACCACCACAACUGCACUGCCCACCCAGCGGUCUCUGGCUGAACCUGUGACCGAGUCACCGUCUAGAGCAGGUAAACACAGAGAGACCCCAGAGAGCUCAUCAGACAAUGACUAUGGGGAUUCAUGGCCUGACUCUGAGGCCUCGACCACACCCCAGCCUGCCACUAGCCGUGGAACUACAGCCCCAGCCUAUGACUACAGGUCCUCCACCACCACAGAGUCUUCCCCUGACACCCAGACCAUCACCUCCCCACCCACAGAAAAACCUGCCCCAAGAGAAGACACAGAUGAGGCCUCGUCCUCUGGGUCUGAAUCUGGAGGGUCAGGGGGGUACCUAUCCCGUAGAUUUGGGGGAAACCGGAGACCAAAUGGAGGGUCAGGGGGCAGGAGGCCUUUCAGGGGCAGGAGGCCUUUUAAAAAAAACACAACAACUACCGAAGCCCCCAGCACCACCAUGGAAACAACAGAGCCUUCAACCACCAUGGAAACAACAGAGCCUUCAACCACCAUGGAAACAACAGAGCCUUCAACCACCAUGGAAACAACAGAGCCUUCAACCACCAUGGAAACAACAGAGCCUUCAACCACCAUGGAAACAACAGAGCCUUCAACCACCAUGGAAACAACAGAGCCUUCAACCACCAUGGAAACAACAGAGCCUUCAACCACCAUGGAAACAACAGAGCCUUCAACCACCAUGGAGACCACCAUGGAGACCACCAUGGAAACCACCAUGGAAACCACCAUGGAAACCACCACAUAUCCUGCACGGACCGUCUCCGUCUCCAAGCCCCUGUACACGCCCUCCAGAGAAUCAGAUAGGUCUGCAGUGUCCACUGACAUGACCUCUAAGGGGAAAACCACCACAGACUCCGACUCAUACGAUAAUGAGAACUGGACAGAUGAGAUGGAGUCCACCACUAACCGCCCACGAGCCUACACUUCCACCACCAGGCCCAGACAAACCUCCAUCACACCUUAUCCAACCACCACCUCAAGGCCUUACAUUACAUCAUCAACCCGCGUCCAGACUAACACCAACUCCAUCAGAGUGAACACUAACAUCAGGCUCCCGUCAGGGAGAGAUAGCCAUUACCAGAUCACACAGAGACCCAUGAUCAGGAGAACCAGGCCCAAGGUGUCCAGCAACAGGGCCAGCAGAGGCCCAGACAAGACCCUGACCUUUGACACACUGACUGUUCUGGAAGCAGAGCAGGGGCACACCAAUGCCCCCUACAGCAGCAAGGACAUAGACAAUGCCAUCUCCAACGCCUAUACUCACAUCACCGGCUAUGAUACGACAACCGCUAACAUUGUGGGCUUUGAGCCGUCCACCAGGGACAUGCCCACCAAGGCCAGGAUAGUGGGAGGCAACGCGGCCAGCUUCACUGUCCUGUCCAACUCAGACGCCUUCCUGCCCUGUGAGGCCGCGGGCAGCCCUGAACCCUCCAUCAGCUGGAAACGCUUUUCUUCAAACACGGGUAUGGAAAAUAACAGGAUAUAGAUAUUUAGCAUGUUAUAAAACUACUUUGGAAUAAAGUUAUGCUGUAUGUUCAUUUAUAUAUUCUCUCUCUCUCUCUCUCUCUCUCUCUCUCUCUCUCUCUCUCUCUCUCUCUCUCUCUCUCUCUCUCUCUCUCUCUCUCUCUCUCUCUCUCUCUCUCUCUCUCUCUCUCUCUCUCUCUCUCUCUCUUCCUCCUUAUACCCUUGACCCUCUCCCUCCCUCUCUCUCUCCCUCCCUUUCAGGAAGCACAAUGACCAUCAACGGCAAGAUGGGCAAGUUUGAGGUGUUCCAGAACGGCACUCUAUCCAUUCAGAAUGUAAACAUCAAAGACCGUGGCCAGUACCUCUGCCUGGCUGAGAACGAGCGGGGGUCAGACAAGCUCCUGGUCACCCUGUCCGUGGUGGCCUACCCCUCACGCAUCCUGGAGCCCAAGGUACGGGAGAUCAAGUCCCACUCAGGGAAGACAGUGGAGAUGAAGUGCAAGGCGGAGGGCCGCCCCACCCCUCUGGUCUCCUGGAUCCUGGCCAACCGCACCCAAGUCAGGGGCCACAACUCAGGCCCCAGGGUGUCAGUGACCCCAGAGGGCACUCUGCUCAUCAAGCAGGUUUCUGUGUAUGACCGGGGCCACUACAAGUGCAUCGCCAGUAACCCAGCUGGAGCCGACACUGCCACUGUCAGACUGCAGGUGGUGGCAGCACCCCCUGGCAUCCUGGAGACCAAACGACAGCAGGUCCAGGCCGGUGUGGGUCAGAGCUUGUUGUUACCCUGUACCGCUCAGGGCAGCCCCCAGCCCACCGUGCACUGGGUCCUCUACGAUGGAACGGCGGUGCGGCCCCUGAAGCCCUCUGUGGACCCCAGGGUGUCAGUGUUCGCUAACGGGACGCUCCACCUGACCGAUACGGCCACCGCGGACAGCGGGAGGUACGAGUGCAUCACCACCAGCUCUACUGGGUCAGAGCGCAGGGUGGUGACGCUGACGGUGGAGAAGAAGAAGGAGAUGCCUCCUCAGAUCGUGGUGGCGUCACACCGCAGGACGGAGCUGUCGUACGGGCACCAGCUGAGGCUGAACUGCUCGGCCACCGGGGACCCCAAACCCAGGAUCAUCUGGAGACUACCGUCCAAGGCUGUGGUGGACCAGUGGCACAGGUAAUGAGGACAUAAUCUGUAAUGCACACCUAAUCACACGGACUAUUCUGAGACAUACAGGCACAACCACACACAUGCAGAUAAACAUGCACACACACUGAAAGGUAUCCAGGUUCUCCGUGCUACAACACAGCUGUUUAAACACAACAAAAUAUACAUUAUUGUAACUUCUCCCCAAAUGAUUUAGUUGUGUUUCCAGUGCAGAGAGCCAAGACUGGGGUUCUCAUGCCUCUCCAGUAUACAAUUAAGUUAGUCCAUCCAUGCACUGAGCACCUAAAACCCUGGAUAUUUGAAAAUGUACACAACGUUGAUUGAAAACAGAGAAAAUAAAAGACAGACAGAACACAUCAUGUAAAGACUGAUCUGUUAUACUGUACAGUAUCUCAGUUUUCAUUUUAAACUUCUGGUUUAGGGUCUUCAUUUUCCCUUCAUUUUCAGCUUCCUGCAAUGACCCUCAGGGUGCUACCCCUAAAGUGGGGAAUAAUGGUGUUGGUGUUUUUAUAAUCAGAUCAGUCGAUCCCCAUGUGUUUAACAUCAGGAGAGAAGGUGAAUAAGAUGCUUGAGCUCCUUGAGCGUGUGGAUUUAAGGUAUGACAGAUCUGAUAACUCAAUGGAAAGGGUAUUAUCAUGAUUAAUGCAAUCUAGAAGAAACUGGAGCUGCAUGUGAAGUCGUUUAGAUCUGAAAAUCAAAGCAUCAGUUGGAAGGAAAAGGAUGUUUGGCUUGCUUUGUCUGAGUGUGUUUAUAAUUAACAGUGGACUUUGUUUUGGAAAGAAUAGCGUGCCAGUGUCCCCGUCCUCUAAGACUGAUUUUAUGGUUGUGGUGACAAUAAUAUUUCAAUUUAUACAGGCAAUUUUUUUUUCGUUUCAGUACAAAAAUUUCAACAUGCACGCAAGGGAAUGUUUGGACCUAUCUGGGAAAAAGUUUCCUUUGAAUUGAUAUUCAGACGGCACCUCUAAACAUCAUUAGCAUUAACUAAACGUGGCAGCAUCUGAUCUAAAGCUGCAUGUUAAUGAGAUGGAAUCUCUCCAAGGACAAAAGGUAUACUAUUGUCUUCCAAUGAACCCAUAACAUGUCAUCUCAUGACAAGCCUUAGCAUGCUGUUAAACCCAAUGAAUAUGACCCAGAAUGAAUGACCUUAUUCAGCCUCUCAAUGUUUUCUCCAUUAGCAGUGGUUCUUAGCUGGGGAAAACCUGAGACCAGAAUAACUGAGGGGGUAUUUGCCAAAAUAACAAGGCAAGACGACGGCAUUUAGACUGGAUAUCAACAUGAACAAGUUGUAUUUUAUUUGAGCUAGGACCCAGUCAGAGCUCUUUAAAGAGGAACAUGAGAGUAACAGAAGAACAUUGGCAUUCUGGUGGAGGACUUUAUAUUGCUCCUAAUAAUGUAGCUGACAUUCUGCCAUGUAUCCUCUCUGCAUGCAACCACUGAAAAUAAAAAAAAAUAGAUAUUGGACGUAUUUCGUAAAAGAGACUUAUGUAGCACAUUGGGAAAAAACACCACAACGCUUCCUUUGUGAAUGUAACUGUAGAAAAAGGCAGCGUCUAAUGGUUUGAUUCACUGGUCAGUUCAUUGAAUCAUUAUCCCCCCCCCCCCCAUGUCAUUAGCUGCAUUAUGUAAAUAAUUACACUUAGUGGAAUGCUUUCCCCUCCCUGUGUUUCUUGUCUGAUUUUAAACUGUUAUGGUGGCUGGCUUGGCAACCCUGACAUGUUUUCUAUUAGUGUUUUAUUAGUUUCUGCAACUGUAGUAGGAUUCGGAACAAACCAUUAUUGUGAGUCAUUGCCAACGGCCUUGAUAAAAGACAGACCCAGGUGAAAUACACUUAUGCUGAUCUGCUGUCAGCCUGUCUGGCCCUGUGAGAAUGUCAUCUCUCUGUUCCUGCCUCUCUGUGUGUCAGUUCCAUGAGAACGGGCCCUAGCUAGUGGACAGUCUGUGGGGUGGGGCAGGCUCAGAUCUGAGGGACUGGGACACCACUCAACGUAUGUUUUAUGGAGAUGGAUGGUAGUACCAAGCAGGAGCACAUAUAUGCUCCACAGGAGGAGAAGUCAUUAGACACUGUUCGUGUGGUGACAUGACUGCUGCUGAAGAAGCUGCAGAAUGUUCCAAUUAAAACAGAAAAUACUCCCUACAUGGCCUAGUGUUCUUCUGCAUAAUGUUAUCAAUCAUAAGAAAUGUAAUCUUUUUCACUUUUUUAAAAGCAUUGGGGGAAAAAACAAUAUUAUAUCUGAGAAAAUUGCAUUCUUUCUUUCCACUGCUAUAUCUGUUAUCUUCAAAUGAUGAUACUUUCUUAUCUAUUUAUCCAGGAUGGGAAGCCGGAUCCAGGUCCUGGACAACGGCACCCUGGUCAUGGACUCUGUAAGUGACAAGGACGCUGGGGAAUACCUGUGUGUGGCGCGCAGCAAGGUGGGAGACGACCUCCAGCUCAUGAAGGUCACUGUGUCCAUGAAGCCGGCCAAGAUCGAGCCCAAGACGUACGGUAAGAAGCAGGUCCCCUACGGCAACGACCUGAAGGUGGACUGUAAGGCGUCUGGGACACCGGAGCCAGAGAUCUCCUGGGGCCUGCCGGACGGCACCAUGGUCAACAGCGCCCUGCAGUCAGACAGCAGCAGUGGCGGGGGACGCGCACGGCGAUACAUCCUGUUUGACAAUGGCACGCUCUAUCUUAAUCAGGUGUGUAAUCUUACAUUGGCCUGCUACUCUGUAGAAAUUAUUGGCCGGUAUUUAUUGGUUAAAGAUGUAUUCCUUCUCUGUCUUUGUAGUCCUCUGACUCUGAACUGCUGGUGUUGUGUCUGUCUACAGGUGGGCAUGGCGGAGGAGGGCGACUACACAUGCUAUGCUGAGAACCAGCUGGGCAAGGACGAAAUGCACGUCCACAUCACCGUGGUGAUGGCAGCGCCACGAAUACGGACGCCCAGCCGGACCUACGCCCAGGUGAAGCCUGGAGGCAACAUCCGCUUCGACUGCGAAGCCACAGGCGAGCCCAAGCCCAAGAUCCUGUGGAUGCUCCCCAGUAACGACAUGAUUGCAGCCUCCAAUGAGCGCUAUCUGAUGCACGUCAACGGCUCCCUGGACAUCUGGGACGUUAAGCUGGUGGAUGCUGGGGAGUAUGUGUGCAUGGCUCGCAACACCGCUGGGGACGACAGCAAAGUUUAUAAGAUGGAUAUCUAUGGCAACCCUCCGGUGAUCAACGGCUACUACCAGAACAGGACCGUGGUGAAAGACACGGCCACCAAGUACUCCAGGAAGUUCAUAGACUGCAAGGCCGCUGGAGACCCGCCUCCCAAGAUCACCUGGAUCAUGCCGGAUAACAUCUUCCUGAACGCUCCGUACUUCGGCAGCAGGAUCAACGUCCAUCACAACGGAACGCUGGAGUUCCGGAACGUCCGUCCAACAGACAUGGCGGAGUUCAUCUGCAUGGCGAGGAACGACGGCGGAGAGGCAGUGAUGGUGGUGCAGCUGGAGGUCACUGACAUGCUUCGAAGGCCCAUCUUCAAGAACCCCUUCAACGAGAGAGUGGUGACCCGUAUGGGGAAGACCACGGUCCUGAACUGUUCUGCAGACGGUCACCCGACACCAGAGAUCAUCUGGCUGCUACCCAACGGAACCCGCUUCAUCGGCGGCCCCGACCGGGGCUCACGCCAACAUCUAGGCAACGACGGAACUUUCGUCAUCUACAACCCCAGCAAGGAGGAUGCUGGGAAGUACCGCUGUGCAGCUAAGAACUCGGCAGGCUACAUUGAGAAGCUGAUAGUUCUGGAGGUGGGCCAGCAGCCCUUAAUCCUCACCAGGCCCAGAGGGAUCAUACGUAGUGUGUCUGGGGACCCUGUGUUCCUCCACUGCCUGGCUGAUGGCAGCCCCAGACCCAGCAUCUACUGGACCAUCCCUGGAGGCCACACCCUGGCCAGGCCGCAGGUCCAUGGACGCCACCAGCUGAUGGAGAAUGGGACCCUGGUGGUCAGGGACACAACCCUCCAUGACCGGGGAAACUAUGUGUGUCGGGCGCGGAACGACGCUGGCGAGGCAGUUCUCACAGUGCCGGUCAUCAUCAUCGCCUACCCUCCCCACAUCACCACGGGACCCCCUCCCACCGUGAGAGCGAUGGCGGCGGCGCCCAUACAGCUCAACUGUGCCGCCAUCGGGAUCCCAAAGCCGGAGAUUACCUGGGAGCUGCCUGACCUCUCUGUGCUCUCCACGGCGGGGAAAGGGCGGCCCACGGGCAGCGAGCUGCUCCACCCUCAGGGCACGCUGAUCAUCCAGAGACCCACCACAGCAGACUCUGGCACCUACAAGUGCCUUGCCAAAAACCACCUGGGCACGGACUCACGGGUCACAUAUUUGCGUGUGCUGUGA